AUGAAUGCAUUACCUAUCGAAAUUCUCAUACAAAUUUUCGAAACCCUUCCCUCCGACGACCUCGCUCGAGUAAAGCGCGCCUGCAAGUUAUUCAAAGAAGUUGGGCAAAAAGUCAAAUUGAAUGUCAGACUAUUCAUCGAUGCUCCAAACUACCCAACAUGGAAACUCACCCGUUUAACCCUCGCGAACCCCGCUUUCGGUAAAAGAAUCGUCAAGAUGUCCGUUCACUAUCGUCGACGACACCCGAAUCGGAAAAAGUCUCUAACAAAAUACUGGACCUGGAACCCCGAGGAAGAAAUACAGAUCAAGGACAUCUGUAGAACCUGGGGUUUGACGUCCGCUACGGAAGCUGCGAUCCUGGGAGGUGUGAAUUCAGAAUCACUCCUUCCGUUUCUGUUUUGCCUGACACCAAACGUCAGAAUACUCAAAGUAGAUGGCAAGGACGACUUUAAUAAGAUUUUCUCAGAAGAGGACGACAAAAUAGACCGCAGGGCUGUAAGAGCCCUCAAUACAUGCCUCCGCGAAGAUGAACGUUGGCACCCUCCAAAUAUUCAGAAAUUGAAAGAAUUCUACAAUCGACCGGGUAGAGUUUUUACGCCGACUGAUAGAACUCCAAAGGACAGUUUCCUUGAUGAGAUAAAAUUCAUAUUUAGGUGUCUCGCCUCGAAACAUAUCGCUCAAUAUAAUAGGUAUGGUUACCCUGGUACUUGGUUCGACGAAAAUUUGCCGACUUUGAGCCGCAAAUUACCAUACUUUGAGAAGUUGGAUAAUGUGAAGGUGUUUUGUUUGAGGCAGACGAUACUUCAAGGAGAGUAUUAUCGUUUCGGGCAUUUCUGCUCGGACAAUGAAGUAUCAAACGACCUUUACCAUGUAAUAUCGCCAAGUGACAAAUAUUCCGAUGAUGAAGCGGAGCCGGACACAGAUGAUGAACCGUUUCCCUCAGUUGCUUCAGACACAUCAGAUGUAGAGUCUGCUACAGAUGGCGACGACAACGGUGAUCCUGGCCGCACUUCUGAGCCGAGCUCUAAGACUGACCCUAAAGUUGGUUCUGAUUUGGACGAGACAAAACAUUUGACCUAA